ACGUUUUUGUUUUUAUUUUCAAAUAGAAAUUCAAUCAAAUACUAAUUAUCUGGUUGAUAAUGUGAUGCUCAAAAUGGCGCUCACUCUUCGAAUAAAACCGUUUCAAGAAGCGGACAUUCUAAUGUAAUUUAACAAAUGAAAACUUUAAUUUUUAAAUGCUCUUUUUGCUCUCUCUCAGAGGGAAAGUUCACGUCAGUUCUCACAGUCGCCGUAGUUUUUUUUGUUUUUUUUUACAGCCGCGAUGAAACGGGAGUGAUGUGACUGACAUCGAUGCUAGCAAUGUGUAAACUGCUCGUGCGCACAUACACCGUCUAUUACGGCGCGGCUGCCGUUAACGGCGUGCGGUCACGGCGCUCACGGUCAUCUGCGGCGGCGUACACCGACUGAGCAGAAGUCAAGAUGGCGUCCGACGGUCAGGUCGAGUACGAGUCCAUCCUCUGUGUCAAACCUGAAGUGAACGUUUACCGAAUCCCACCGAGAGCAUCAAACCGAGCCAUCAGGGCUGCGGACUGGAAGCUGGACGCUCCUGAUUGGUCAGGGCGGAUGCGUGUGACGGCGCGGGGGAAAGUGGCCUACGUGAAGCUGGAAGACAAGAUCUCUGGGGAGUUGUUCGCCCAGGCUCCAGUGGAGGAGUACCCUGGGAUCACAGUGGAAACAGUCAGUGACUCCAGCCGGUACUUCGUGCUGCGUAUCCAGGAUGACAGCGGCCGCAGUGCGUUCAUAGGCAUUGGCUUUGGAGACCGCUGCGACGCCUUCGACUUCAACGUGGCUCUUCAGGACCACUUCAAGUGGGUGAAACAGGAAGAUGAACUGAAGAAGCAGGCACAGGCUCCAGACUCCGCCCCCAAACUGGACCUGGGCUUCAAAGAAGGACAGACCAUCACUCUCAAUAUUGGGCAAUCAAAAAGGAAGGACCGGUCUCGCCCUCAGAGUUCAGGUGGUUUUGGGCUCCUCCCACCUCCACCUGGAGGAAAACUAGCCCCGCCUCCUUCAUCCAGAUCUACCAAUCACAACACACAGCCGUCUGCAGCAGUGAGCAGCACUGGUUGUUUACUGGACCUGGACUCCAGUAACUCCAACACCCCCCCCACCACAGCCAGCACCGACCUGUGGGGAGACUUUGACUCCCCGUAAGGAUCCUUCAGAGAGACGCCCCCCCCCCCCCCCCCCCCCCUAC